GAAGUCGCACCGUAUAGUUGCGUCGUAGUGGUCGCAGCUGGGUUGCAGCGGUUUGUGUAUUAAGACGAGAUUGGCUUAAAAAGACGAAGUUUACAUAGCCGUUGCGCCUGUUCUCAGUCGAAAUAAUGAAUGACACAGGAUGCUUACAUUUGAGUAAUUUUAAGGCUGCGAAAGGAUCGAGUCCUUACAAAAUAGUCCAUGCAUUUUUCGUCGCUUCGACUUCGUAUGAAGCAAGGAGAUACAAGGCAACAUCAUGCCUCUGCUUUUCCUGCGGGCAGCCGGGUCCAAGACUGCAUUCUUGUCUGCAUUGCAUUUACUUUGCAUGCUACGGUGGACAUAUUCAAGAGCACUCAAAGAACAAAAAACAUUUCUUGUAUGUUGACUUGAGCUACGGUAAUGUGUUUUGUGCACAAUGCCAAGAUUACAUCUAUGACAGAGAACUGACUGAUAUUUCCCGAUCUAAUCGGGUGCUUGAAGCAAAGUCAUUAGGGAUCAGUGUACCAUAUACACCAUGGUUACCCAACGGGAAUGAAGUGAUGGCUCUGAAACGCUUGAGGAAACGUCGCCUCAUAAGCCCUCACACCACCAUUGGCUUGAGAGGACUUCAGAAUCUAGGCUCCACUUGCUUCAUGAACUGCAUUGUUCAGACAUUAAUCCACACGCCCCUGUUAAGGGACUAUUUCCUCGGCGAGAGGCAUAAGUGCAAAACUCAGGGUUCAGGAAAAUGCCUCGUGUGCGAAGUUUCUAAGCUCUUCCAGGAGUUCUACUCGGGCGCUAAGACGCCUCUAACAUUGCACCGGCUGCUUCAUCUGAUCUGGACUCACGCGCGUCACCUCGCCGGAUACGAACAACAGGACGCCCAUGAAUUCUUCAUUGCCACUUUGGAUGUACUGCAUCGGCAUUGCAUGAACGGCGUUGAAGAAACUGAAAAGAAGGAGAAGGACCGAUGCAACUGCAUUAUAGACCAAAUUUUCACCGGAGGACUGCAAAGUGACGUCGUAUGCACCUCUUGUUCAGGUGUCUCCACUACCAUUGAUCCAUUCUGGGACAUAAGCCUCGACGUUGCCGGCCCAGGGUCUUUGCAAGCCUGUUUGGAAAGAUUCACACGGGCUGAGCAUUUGGGCUCCGCAGCCAAAAUCAAGUGCUCCAAUUGCAGAGCCUACAGGGAAUCAACCAAGCAGUUGACUCUCGAAACUUUGCCCAUUGUCGCGAGUUUCCAUCUCAAACGCUUCGAGCAUUCUUCGCAAAUCGACAGGAAGAUAUCCGCUUUCGUAUCGUUCCCAGCGGAAUUGGACAUGACUCCAUUCAUGUCCACUCAUCGCAGAGCCGUAGAUGCGGCGGAUAAUAAUAACGAUCCCGAAGGAUUGUUUGAGGAUAAUCGUUACUCGUUGUUUGCGGUUGUCAACCAUCUGGGGUCUUUGGAUGCUGGUCACUACACCGCCUACGUGCGUCAGAUGAAAGGAAGCUGGUUCAAAUGCGAUGAUCACAUGAUCACACGUGCUUCGCUGAGGGAGGUUUUGGACAGUGAGGGGUAUUUGCUCUUCUACCACAAGACCGUUCUGGAAUACGAGUGUGAUGUCCCUUAAAGAGAUGAAUCAAAAUGAAAAUAUAAUUUUAUUUGGUCUUCAUUAUUGUACUCAUCGUGAGUAUUCUAUCAUUCAAUGUGGCGCGUUACGAAAUCUAUUUCUCUUUUUAGAAUAGUUAUUAAUUAUUCGUUUUAGUGCAAGAUCCUGUACUAAUUUUAGUAUCAAAUGGAAUAUUUCGUGGAGUGAUAUUAGGGCGUAGAGUUAGAAGAAUGAAGCAGAAUGAAUGGUUGGAAUCUUGGAUCGAUCGUGUUUGUUGCAUUCAAGAAUUUCUUAGUUUUAAGUUCAAGUGUGGAUUUAUCCGAGCCGUAUCCGAUAACGUUUAGUAGCGUCAUAAUAUAAU